AACACCAUUAAACCUCAGAGGAAGAAGUGUUUCACCGCGCUCUCUGUUGUUGUUAUGUCAGUAUGCUACCUAAACGUUUAGACAUAUUUCUUUAAAGAAAAAAAAUAUAUAUAUUUAUAGUUUUUGAAUCAGUUCAUAAAUACCUGUAAUAUUUCUCGUCUUCACAUUCGUGACUGAGUUUUGAAGCAAGCAGGAAUAUCUGGAGGAGUUUCUGAACUUAGAUCUGCUGCUGUGAAGAUGGAGUUUGUGAAAGAGGAGAGAGAAGAGAACACGAGUGAACCAGAAACCAGCACAAUAAAACACGAGGAACUAGAAACCUGCACAAUAAAACACGAGGAACCAGAAACCUGGAGAAUAAAACACGAGGAUCCAGAAACCAGCACAACAAAACACGAGGAACAAGAAACUUUGAGAAUAAAACACGAGGAUCCAGAAACCACCACAAUAAAACACGAGGAUCCAGAAACCAGCACAACAAAACACGAGGAACAAGUAACUUUGAGAAUAAAACACGAGGAUCCAGAAACCACCACAAUAAAACACGAGGAUCCAGAAACCAGCACAACAAAACACGAGGAACAAGAAACUUUGAGAAUAAAACACGAGGAUCCAGAAACCACCACAAUAAAACACGAGGAACCAGAAACUUUGAGAAUAAAACACGAGGAACCAGAAAUAAAACACGAGGAACAAGGAGAGUUCAUUGAAGAAAAAGAGGAAAAUGAAGAAUCAAGUGAAGUUGAGGAGAAAAAUAAUGUCAAAACUGGUGGAAAACCUUUGAGUUGCUGUCAAACCAAACAGACAGAUUUAAAGAAAAAAGGAUUUAAGAAAUCUUUAACCUGCAAUCAGUGUGGAAAGAGUUUCACAUGUAAAUCAAAUCUUAAUCGUCACAUGAGAGUUCAUACUGGAGAGAAACCACUCACCUGUGACCAACGUGGGAACAGUUUCACACAAUCAUCAAACCUUAAGGAUCACAUGAACAUCCACACUGUAGAGAAGCAGCAUGCAUGUGAUCAAUGCGGUAAAAUGUUUUUAUGGGCUUCACUUCUGAAGAAACACUUUAAAGUUCAUGCAAAGGAGAAGCCACAUUCAUGUCAUUUGUGUGGUAAGAGUUUUUUGCAUCUACAAAGUUUGAAAGAACAUCAGAAAAUACAUACUGGUGUGAGUGAGUACAUGUGCUUUGGGUGUGAAAAGACUUUUAGUUCAGCAAGCAGAUUAAAACGGCAUGAGAGGAUUCACACUGGAGAGAAACCUUACAAGUGUUCACACUGUGACAAGAGUUUCAAUGUCUCAUCAAGUCUGAAAAACCAUGAGAGGAUUCACACUGGAGAGAAACCUUUUAAGUGUUCACAUUGUGACAAGAAAUUCACUUUGUCACCACAUUUGAAAAUACAUGAGAGGAUCCACACUGGAGAGAAACCUUAUAAGUGUUCACACUGUGACAAGGGAUUCAGUGUGUCAUCAAAUCUGAAAAUACAUGAGAGGAUUCACACUGGAGAGAAACCUUACAAGUGUUCACACUGUGACAACAGAUUCAGAGAUUCAUCAAGUCUGAAAACACAUGAGAUGAUUCACACUGGAGAGAAACCUUACAUGUGUUCACACUGUGACAAGAGAUUCUAUGUUUCAUCAAGUCUGAAAACACAUGAGAUGAUUCACACUGGAGAGAAACCUUACAAGUGUUCACACUGUGACAAGAAAUUCAGAGAUUCAUCAAGUCUGAAAACACAUGAGAUGAUUCACACUGGAGAGAAACCUUACAUGUGUUCACACUGUGACAAGAGAUACAGUCAGUCAAGAGAUAUGAAAAUACAUGAGAGGAUUCACACUGGAGAGAAACCUUUUAAGUGUUCACACUGUGACAAGAGAUUCAGUCAGUCAACAGAUCUGAAAAACCAUAAGAGGAUUCACAAUGGAGAGAAACCUUUUAAGUGUUCACAUUGUGACAAGAGAUUCAGUUGGUCAACACAUUUGAAAAGACAUGAGAGGAUCCACACUGGAGAGAAACCUUAUAAGUGUUCACACUGUGACAAGAGAUUCAGUGUGUCAUCGAGUCUGAAAAGACAUAAGAGGAUCCACACUGGAGAGAAACCUUACAAGUGUUCACACUGUGACGAGAAAUUCAGUCUUUCAGCAAGUCUGAAAAAACAUGAGUGGAUUCACACUGGAGAGAAACCUUACAAGUGUUCACACUGUGACAAGAGAUUCAGUGUGUCAUCAAGUCUGAUAAAACAUGAGAGGAUUCACACUGGAGAGAAACCUUACAAGUGUUCACACUGUGACAAGAGAUUCAGUGUGUCAUCAAGUCUGAUAAAACAUGAGAGGAUUCACACCGGAGAGAAACCUUACAAGUGUUCACACUGUUUCAGGAAAUUCAGUCUUUCAGAAAGUCUGAAAAAACAUGAGAGGAUUCACACUGGAGAGAAACCUUAUAAGUGUUCACACUGUGACGAGAAAUUCAGUCUUUCAGCAAGUCUGAAAAAACAUGAGUGGAUUCACACUGGAGAGAAACCUUACAAGUGUUCACACUGUGACAAGAGAUUCAGUGUGUCAUCAAGUCUGAAAACACAUGAGGUGAUCCACACUGGAGAGAAACCUUACAAGUGUUCACACUGUGACAAGAGAUUCAGUGUGUCAUCAAGUCUGAUAAAACAUGAGAGGAUUCACACCGGAGAGAAACCUUACAAGUGUUCACACUGUUUCAGGAAAUUCAGUCUUUCAGAAAGUCUGAAAAAACAUGAGAGGAUUCACACUGGAGAGAAACCUUACAAGUGUUCACAAUGUGACAGGAGAUUCAGUCGUUCAGUAAGUCGUAAAACACACGAGGUGAUCCACACUGGAAAGAAACCUUACAAGUGUUCACACUGUGACAAGAGAUUCAUUCAGACAAGAGAUCUGAAAACACAUGAAAGGAUCCACACUGGAGAGAAACCUUACAAGUGUUCACACUGUGACAAGAGAUUCACUAAUAUAUCAAAUCUGAAAACACAUGAGAGGAUCCACACUGGAGAGAAACCUUUUAAGUGUUCACACUGUGACAAGCGAUUCAGUCAGUUAGCAAAUCUGAAAACACAUGAGAAAAUGCACACUGGAGAGAAAGCACAUCACCGCAAUGUACCUGGGAAGUGUUCCAUUGAGUCAUCUGUUCUACACAAAAACCAACCACAGUCCCAGAGUGGAUAAAUCUGAAAAUGACACCUUUGUGUUUUUCUGUACUGCCAAUCCAUAUGUUUUGUAAAACAAUGAUGUCAUCACCCCACAUCUCGACCAUAGUCAGACACCGCUACGUCAUGUAACACCAACAACAAUGGAGGACUACAUGUUUGUGUCCAUGCUACAGAAGAUACUGAGUCUGUGAGCUUGACUAAACUUACUAGUGGAGCAGCACGAUAUUGGAAAAAAAAAACUCACAUCGUGAUCAUUUUUCUCAGCGAGGUAUAUCGCGAUAUGGACAAAAAAAAUUCACCAGAUGACUUGUACAGCUCUAUUUGGAUUAAAAAAAUAAUUGAUUUUGUAGGUGAAUAAAUCAAAUUACAAACAUAGAUGAAUAUAAUAGAAAAUUUAUACAAAGGAAGUAAAGUGCUUUAUAUUCUUUAGGUAAGUCGAACUGUUACUGUCUGUUACAGUUAAGUCUAAUACGUUACUGCUGCGUUACAUUGCUGACAGAAUGCAGUGUUUAUAAUCUAGAGAUUGUAAAGAGGAUGUAGCACACGCACUGUCAAGUCAAGUGCCAGUGGAUUACAGACCUGCUCCCGCGAGAUCUAACGCAACAGAGAGCGGCACGGGACAAGACUUGUGUGUGUGCAAGAUAGUGGAAAAUAAAAUGAUUCAUGGUACUCCGCAAAGUAGAAAUAUCGAAACAAAAAAUCUAAAACAAGUAAAUUGUUAUUCAUCUAUUGCACAAGAGCAAAAUGAAUUUAAACCAUUAACAGGUGCAAGCUAUGCAGAGCUUCUAUUUAGGCUAUAACAGGGAUUGGUUUGUUGCAUGAUGAGACUGAUGUGAGAUACUGAUCCAAAAGCACACCUUUUGAAAGUUUAAUUUCUUCCUUUAAUAAAGCAAGUUUGUCAUUAUUGUUGCUGUUUUCAUUUAAAAUAAAUAAAACAUUGAACCACAAA